AUGCCGUCAAUAUGGGUGUGUUAUCCUGGCGCGCCAUACACCCACCGCGCGGCGGUGCAAGCAGCUCGACGAGUUCUGGAACCAUUGCAAUGGAGUGUAAUUGAUGCAGAUUCGAAAGAACGCUCAGAUAGCGUCGAUGUUCCGACACAUGUGGAUGCCUAUUUGGCAGACUACGACCUUCUUCCAUUUGACAUAUUAUUGGGCUCAAGUCAACGGUGCAGUAGCUAUGUGAUUCGAAAAGCACUAAUACGAAAACAUCAUCUUGCGAAGAUAUUACACGCAUAUUCUGUGAAGCAUUCGUUGCCAUGCAACAAGUCACCGUGUCCACGCACCUGGACACUAGACAUUCAAUUUGCUGACGAAUUGGAUGAACUGCUAGCUGACGAUUUGUAUGACCUGCGCGAUCUAUUAGAAGAAGGCGAUGGAAAAGCAUGGUUUAUUCUCAAGCCGGGCAUGGCUGAUCAGGCAAAUGGGAUCCGUCUGUUCUCUUCUGUACAGCAGUUACGAGAUAUUUUUGAAGAGUUUGAAGACAAGGACGAUGAGAAUAGUAGCAACGAGGAAAGCACGAAUGCUGUCGUGGCAAGCCAGUUGCGUCACUUUGUCAUACAAGAGUACGUGUCAACGCCACUCCUCGUUGCACCUGGCAAUCCAGAAGCACCACCGCGCAAAUUCCACUUGCGUGUCUAUGUGAUAUGUGUCGGAGGGCUCCAAGUGUAUAUGCAUGAUGACAUGCUUGCUCUCUUUGCCAGCACGGCUUAUCAGCCUCCUAAUGUCACAGCACCGAGGGAUCUACGUGCACACCUUAGUAACACGUGCUUUGGCGCUCGGCAUACAGCACCCACCGACAUGAAAGACGGCAACGUUUUUCGCUGGCAGGACCUCAUUGGUCGUCCAGCCUAUGUGCCAGGUCGUAGUGAGCCUGUGGAACUGACAUCAGCCCACAUCGAUGCCGUGCGCAAAUGCGCGGCUGUGUGCAUUGGGCGAACGAUGGAGGCAGUGGCCCGAGAGGCAUCGAUCCACUGGCAACUGUGGCCAAAUGCCUUUGAAGUAUUUGGAGUGGAUCUCCUUGUUGGAUGUGAGGGUAAUGCGGAUGGAAAUCUUGACCCAGCGUCACUGCGUACGUGGCUCUUGGAAGUGAAUGCGGUAUGUAUACAUAAAGGCGGUGGGAGAGGAACAACGCCAGAAAGUGUUUGUUACUUAUGCCAGCAACCUGAUUUCGCGCAGUCGGGCGAUGAAUUAUCCGGUGUGGUUGAUCAUGUGUUUGAACGUGUCGUACAAGUGGGUGUGCUCGGUGAAUCGCCUUGGCCGGAAGGAGAGAGUCACAAUCAAUGCACUUGCUGCUUUGCCGCACCUCUGAUCAAGUCCUAG